UCUCCUGACGAGAAAUAUGUGCUCCUUGCUACCGAUCGUCGGAAGCAAUGGAGACACUCAUUUAAUGCGACAUACUAUAUCUAUAGUAUGGAAAACUAUAAGCUUUCGUCGCUUUUGGAAUCACCAGAUGAGCCUGCUGUAGAACAUGUUGCAUGGAGCCCUGUCGGACAUAGUUUGGCAUAUGUUCAGAACAAUAAUCUCUAUGUAUACCAGGAUUUGACUCAACGUCGUCAAAUUACAUUUGAUGGGGCCACCAGCAUCUUCAACGGUAUCACUGAUUGGGUCUAUGAGGAGGAAGUUUAUUCAUCCCCCUCGGCUCUGUGGUGGUCUCCAGACGGCACCUCAAUUGCUUUCUUGCGAUUUGAUGAAACUGAGGUACCCGAGUACCGUUACUCACUUUAUAUGGAUAAUCAAAUUAAUGCACCAUCCUAUCCUCGUGACAUUGUCAUGAAAUACCCCAAAGUCGGUUUUCCCAAUCCGAUUGUCAACCUUCAUCUUUAUAACGUCCAAUCUGAAUUUGUACCCACUGCUGCUCAGCCACUCAUUCCUGUGGACCUCGAGGCAAUUUUCGAGGCAAAGGAUAGGAUUGUGGCGGAAGUAAAAUGGGCUACAAAAAGCUCAGAUGCCCUCUUGGUCAAGGUGCAGAAUCGAGUUCAGAAUCAUGAAAAGCUUGUUCUUGUUGAUCCGUUGACUUUGCAAGGCAAGGUUGUACGAGAAUGGAAUGCUGGUAAGGAAGAUGGUGGCUGGAUUGAUAUGCAACAAAGCAUCCGGUAUAUUGCGCCUUCGAAGAUGGUUCCAGAUGGUGGCUAUCUUGAUAUUGCCAACAACAAUGGCUAUAACCACAUUGCUCUGCACACGCCUAUCCAUAACCCUACACCCAAGUGGCUAACAUCAGGGAAUUGGGAAGUACAGUCUAUUUCUGCUGUCAAGGACGAUACUGUUUAUUACAUCUCGACAGAGAAGACAAGUAUCGAACGUCAUCUCUACAGCGUGACUCUAGACGCAAAUGAGCGCAAGUCCCUUACGGAUGUGACCCAACAAGGCUAUUACUCUGCAUCAUUCUCAACAGGCGCUGGUUAUUACCUUUUAUCAUAUCGUGGCCCUGAAGUUCCAUGGCAGAAGGUUAAGAAAAUUACGGACGAGAAGUUCAACAUCAAUGUAGAAGACAAUAGCGCUCUUCAUGCGCUUCUCAAUGCAACACAGAUCCCCACCAGACGAUGGUCAACUGUCAACUUGAAUGGAAGAGAGUGCAAUUAUAUGGAAUUUUUACCCCCUGAUUUCUCACCCGAACAAAAGCAUCCAGUACUAUUCCAAGUGUAUGGUGGCCCGGGCUCCCAAUUGGUUGAUACCCAAUUCCAGUUAGGAUUUAGCGCCGUCAUGUCGACUGUGGCACGUCUCCGAUAUGUUGUGGUGGUUGUUGAUGGCCGAGGUACGGGAUAUCGCGGCCGUGAUUUCCGUAUCAGUGUCGUCAACCAGCUUGGCAAGUUUGAGACCGAAGAUCAGAUCGCUGCUGGCAAGCAUUGGAAAACAUUGUCCUAUGUGGAUCCUGAACGAUUGGCCAUUUGGGGUUGGUCGUACGGAGGAUUUAUGGCGGCCAAGGUAACUGAAGCCAACAGCGGUGUUUUUAGGGCCGCCAUGUCUGUAGCGCCAGUGACAGAUUUCCGGUUUUAUGACUCAGUCUACACGGAACGAUAUAUGAACUUACCCUCCGUCAACUUGGAAGGUUAUGAGACUACUGCAGUCAGUAAUAUGACUGGCUUCAACACCUCAGACUUUUUCCUCGUUCAUGGAACUGGUGAUGAUAAUGUGCAUAUCCAGAAUUCAUUUGUGCUUUUGGACCGUUUGACUCUCGUUGGUAACCACCGGUUCAAGUCGCACUUCUUCACUGACAGUGAUCAUGGUAUCCGAAGCCAUAAUGCCAACCAUGAAGUCUACUGGAUGUUAACACAGAACCUCUGGGAAAUCAUGGGUGGAUAUGUGGCCCCUGCGCAUCACCACUAA